AAUUAAUUAAAAUUAACGGAGGCACGGACCAGACCAGUGCCCACUGAGUGCGAGAGAGAAAAAGCUGAAUUUGUUUACGUGAGAGGCUGUUAGAUCUAUGCGUUGCUUUUGAUUAAUUUACCGUUCGGCACAUACAGUUCUUUAUCUCUAUCUCUGCGCCCUGAUUUUCUGGACGGUUACCCCAAAACAAAACAAAACAAAGCAGAAAAGCCAUCCUAUAAAAGUUGGAAGUAGCAACUAAUUUUUACUAAAACAGGAAAGAAAUGAGUUUCCAGGAUUUCCAGAAGCCAUCGUCCUCAGUGGGCGGUCGAUCGCAGCCGCAAAGCCCAUCGCAGGCUGUGGCUGCCGCCAUUUUCCAGAUCAACACAGCCGUCUCCGCUUUCCGCCGACUCGUCGACGCCAUCGGAACCGCCAAGGACACUCCUCUUCACCGUCAGAAGCUGCACACCACAAGGCAACGGAUACUACAAUUAGUCAAAGACACUUCUGCUAAGAUCAAAACCUUGAGCGAUUCCGACCACGAUAUCUCUGUCAAUCCUAGUAAGAAAAUAGAAGAUGCAAAGCUUGUCAGAGAUUUCCAAACUACAUUGCAAGAGUUCCAGAAAGCUCAGCAGCUUGCCUCUGAGCGCGAGUCCACUUACUCUCCUUCUGCUCCUCCUCCAUCGAAAACCUCCGACUCUGAUGAAUAUUCGGCACCCAGUGUGGAUCAGGAAAACAGGCCUUUUCUAUAUGAUCAGAAGCGGCAGGAGGUAGUUCUGUUGGAUAAUGAAAUUUCCUUCAAUGAGGCUAUGAUUGAUGAAAGGGAACAGGGUAUUAAGGACAUAGAAGAGCAAAUUGGACAAGCAAAUGAAAUAUUCAAGGACCUUGCUGUUCUUGUUCAUGAGCAGGGUGUCGUUAUUGACGACGUUCACUCAAACAUUGAGUCUUCUUCUGCUGCUACAACUCAAGGUCGAGUUCAGCUAGCUAAGGCUUCCAAAAGUUCAAAAUCCAAGUCCUCAUGGUGUUGGUGGGUGCUUGUGAUAGUUGUGAUAGCAAUGAUCAUCUUUCUCCUUGUCCUUAUCAUUUAGAGCGGAAGUCCAUCUAUAUGCUGUUCUGGUGUGCCCUACAAGAUUGUGUUUGUGUGCUUUUGUACAUUUUUGUUGAUCUAAGUUCCAGGAAUCACCACAUUUUUCCAUGAUAUUUACUUGUAUUAGAGUGGAAUACUGGUUUUUGUUUUAUUUUUCUGGCCCUCUUUCUGGUUGCGGCUUUUUUUUUUUUUUUUUUUUUUUUUGAAGAGAGAGGGGAGGAGGUGGGGGUUCUCGGCUAGUUCACCUGUUGUAUAUUUAUGUUUGUGGGUUUCAAUACUAUGAGAAACAUAAUCUAUUUAUGCAUGUAUUUGCCAGAAAA